AUGUGUGACUUCAGAUUUGUAGUCUAUGAAUUUUUACAAGUAAAUAAAUCUUGAAUGAUGUGGUGGACAUAGUUGAAACACACACACUUUUAUCAUUUAAAUUAAAGUACAGCAUGUGAUUUUCAGGUCCCUUACACCAUGUUUUCCUCCAGCCCAUGACUGAAAAAAAAGAUGCAAUAAAAAUCAAAUAAAAAAAAUGAAAGAGGCGUUAAAAGUUAGAUUUUCUUUGGUCUGCUUUACUUUAUACCCUGAAUAUCACAUAUGCUUCCAUUUAAAUUGGGCGUUUCACAUUCCUGUCACAUGAUGUGAGCAGACGAGGAACGAUAUCUUGAGGGGGACACAUUUCGACACAACACGGGUGUGUUCGCGCAUUUAGGAGCAGUUUAUCGUGGUUCCAAACAUGGCUGCCAUGCAGAAACUUCUGAUAUCUGCUCUUGUGGCUGCUCUGGCUGUGUUUGUUGGACAUGCGUUUCUCAAAGUCAAAAAGCUGCUUCUUGUCAACAGAGAACUGCCAAUGAAACCCCUCAACUGUCGUUAUUUAAAGAAUAUCGAGUUUGGAGCAGAAGACAUCACCAUACUUAGAGAUGGACGGGCCUUCUUAAGCACGGGACUAAAGUAUCCUGGAAUGCCGUCAUUCUCUGACGAGCCGGGGAAGAUGUAUGUUUUGGAUCUGCUGCACCCAAAGCCAGCCCCAGUGGAGCUGAAAAUCAAAGGCGAGCUGGACCUCCAUGCAUUCAACCCACAUGGAAUCAGUGUGUACACAGAUGAAGCAGACGACUCAGUAUAUGUGUUUGUUGUUAACCACCCCAACUCCAAAAGCCAGGUUGAGAUAUUUCGUUUUGUUGAGGAUGAGACGCUCGUACAUCUAAAGACCAUCACACAUCCUCUACUGCACAGUGUAAAUGAUAUUGUUGCUGUUGGACCGGAGCACUUUUACGCCACCAAUGACCACUACUUCCACUCAGAAACGCCCCACUUCCUGACCGUUAUUUUGGGCCUGCCCUUGUGUGAUGUGGUUUACUACAGCCCAGAGGAAGUGAGGGUGGCAGCCGAUGGCAUUCAGUCCGGAAACGGGAUAAACAUAUCCCCCGAUAAACGGUUUAUUUACGUUUCGGAUAUCCUGGACCAUGAUGUAGAUGUUUUUGAGAGACAAGAUGGAGAGCAUUUGUUGUUUAUUAAGUCUGUAGCAGUUGGAUCACUCUGUGAUAACAUCGAGGUGGACCACGUGACGGGCGACUUGUGGCUCGGUUGUCACCCAAAUCCCUUAAAACUGAUCAACUUUGAUCCAAAAGAUCCACCUGGCUCUGAGGUCCUCCGGAUCAAGAACAUUCACUCCGACCAGCCGGUAGUGACCCUGGAGUAUGGCAACGACGGCCAUGAACUUAUGGCCUCCACUGUAGCAGCUCGUUACGACGGAAAGUUGCUUAUUGGCACAGUAUUUCAUAAAGCUCUUUCCUGUGUGUUGAAAUAAACAUUAUCACUGAAUCCA